GUUGGCAGCCUUGGCCCUUCCUCAGGAGAGACGAGUGAGAAGAGAGAGACUGCUCACCUGUGUUUUAAAAUGUCUAAGGCGGUGAGAAAAACGCUAGAGGAGUCCCGGGAGGGCGGAAAUCCUGAGCUGGACCUCCAAGAUAAGCAGAUAACCUCCCUGGAAGAGCUGCCCGGCCUGUUACUGAUGGAGCACCUGACCCGGCUGUCGCUGCCACACAACCGGCUGACAAAGAUCCCGCCCUCCAUCGCCAACCUGGUCAACCUGGAGAUACUUAACCUGUUCAACAAUGCCAUAGAAGAACUGCCCACCUCCAUCUCCUCCCUUAACAAGCUUAGGAUUUUCAAUGUGGGGAUGAACCGCCUGGAUGCCCUGCCGAGAGGAUUUGGAUCCUUCCCAGUUCUUGAAGUCCUGGACAUUACUUAUAACAACAUCUCAGAGGAGGAGAGUCUGCCAGGGAACUUCUUCAUGCUGGAAUCUCUCCGGGCCUUGUACAUGGGAGACAAUGACUUUGAAGUUCUUUCCCCACUUAUCAAGAACCUCAAGAACCUCCAAAUUUUGAGUCUGCGUGACAAUGACCUCAUCAUUCUGCCAAGAGAGAUUGGCGAGCUGACCAGACUGAGAGAGCUUCACCUGCAGGGCAACAGGUUGGAACUGCUGCCCCCAGAGAUUAGCAAUCUGGACCUGAUGAGCCAGCGUAGUUGUCUCCGCCUUGAAUGCAAUCCCUGGCAGCAGAUAAUUGCCGACCAGCUUCUGCUUGGCACCUCGCACGUCCUGGACAUGCUGAAAAACGACUCUUACAAAUUCCUGUACCAGCGCUACCUCUCCACUGGGUCACAGCCUCCACCCAAGAACUUUGAAGCCAAAAACCGAAAAAUUUCAAGAAAGAGGGAGGUUGCGUAAGGAAGGAAGAGGAAGACUGGGAAGAUUGGAAAUGGGGAAGAACUGCAAGAUUUUUAGAAAAUGUAAUGUGGGAGAAGAAUUUUGAGGAUGAAAACUGCAAGAUUUGUAAGAAACAGGAGGAGGAGGAGAAAGAAUGGAAGAUAGAUGUAAGAAAAUAAGAACUGCAAGAUUUAUAGACAGUGUAAAGUGAAAGAAGGAUUUUUGAGGCUAACUGCAAGAUUUGUAGGAAACAGAGGAGGUGGAGGAGGAGGAAUGGAAGAUAUAUGGAAAUAGACCAAAACUGUGAGAUUUAUUGAAAACAUAAGGAGGAGGAAGAAUUUUUGAGAACUAAGAGUUGCAGAAAAUAUUAAUCAAACCAAAAAAUAUAGAAGAGAAAGAAUUUUUUUUAUGAUUAUUUUAUUUCUUUUUAUUUUAUUUAUUCACAUUUUAAAUCAAUCAGAAUUAAUCUCUCUCUCUCUCUCUCUCUCUCUCUCUCUCUCUCUCUCUCUCUCUCUCUCUCUCUCUCUCUCUCUCUCUCUCUCUC